UUUUUAACCAAAAUCCCGUUUUUUCUGCAGCCCCACCGUGUUCCUGUGAUGAAGGAGGAUGAUGAAGGAGGAUGAUGAAGGCUCCAAAACCCAGUCUGAGGCAAUGAGGAUGAUGAAGGAGGAUGAUGAAGGCUCCAAAGGCCAAGAUGGGCUGGUGAAGAUGAUGAAGGAGGAUGAUGAAGGCUCCAAAACCCAGUCUGGUACAUUGAGGAUGAUGAAGGAGGAUGAUGAAGGCUCCAAAACCCAAUCUGGGACACUGAGGAUGAUGAUGAGGAGGAUGAUGAGGAUGAGGAUGACGAAGGAAGAUGAUGAAGGCUCCAAAGGCCAAGAUGGGCUGGUGAAGAUGAUGAUGAAGGAAGAUGAAGGCCCCAAAGACCAAUCUGAGACACUGAGGAUGAUGAUGAAGGGUGAUGAAGGCUCCAAAACCCAGUCUGGGACACUGAGGAUGAUGAUGAGGAGGAUGAGGAGGAUGAGGAUGAUGAAGGAAGAUGAUGAAGGCUCCAAAACCCAGUCUGGGACACUGAGGAUGAUGAAGGAGGAUGAUGAAGGCUCCAAAACUCAGUCUGGGUUGAUGAAGAUGAUGAAGGAUGAUGAAGGCUCCAAAGACCAGUCUGAGUUGGUGAAGAUGAUGAAGGAGGGUGAUGAAGGCUCCAGAACCCAGGCUGAGGCAAUGAGGAUGAUGAAGGAAGGGGAUGAAGGCUCCAAAGGCCAAGAUGGGCUGAUGAAGAUGAUGAUGAAAGAUGAUGAAGGCUCCAAAGGCCAAGCUGGAACACUGAAGAUGAUGAAGAUGAUGAAGGAGGAUGAUGAAGGCUCCAAAACCCAAUCUGAGGCACUGAAGAUGAUGAAGGAGGGGGAUGAAGGCUCCAGAACUCAGUCUGAGGCACUGAGGAUGAUGAAGGAUGAUGAUGAAGGCUCCAAAACUCAGUCUGGGCUGAUGAAGAUGAUGAAGAUGAAGAGGAUGAUGAAGGAGGAUGAUGAAGGCCCCAGAACCCAGACAGGGACACUGAUGAAGAUGAUGAGGAUGAAGAGGAUGAUGAAGGAGGAUGAUGAUGAAGGCUCCCCUGCAGGCCUCAGGGUGUUCCUGCACUGGGGGGGGGAGCAGAGCUCGGAGCGGUUCCGGAUUUUUCCCGGGGAAUCCUUCAGCGCCGAGGAGAUCUGCACCCGGCUGGCUCGGAGCCUGGGAAUUUCCCCGCUGUGCUGCAGCCUCUUUGCCCUCUAUGACCCCCAGACCCAGCUCUGGCUCCCCCCCAGCCACCGAAUCCACAUCAGGACAGAGCCGAGCCUGGAGUUCAGGAUGAGGUUUUAUUUCAGGAACUGGCACGGCCUGCACCACUCAGAGCCCUCGGUUUUCAGGAAUUCUCCAGAAAAAUCCCCCGGGGGGGCCCUGCUGGACAGAGCCUCCUUCCAGUACCUCUUCGAGCAGGCUAAAUUUGACUUUGUCCACGACAUCUGCUCCCUGCAGGAGCUGCAGUCAGAGGCAGAAAUUCAGAAUUUCCAGAACGAGAGCCUGGGCAUGGCCGUGCUGCACCUGGCCCAGCUGGCCCUGAGCAGGGGCUGCUCCCUGCACCAGGUGGCCAAAAAACACAGUUUCAGACACUGCCUGCCCCUCUCCCUGCAGCACCACCUCCAUCUCCAGCCCCUCCUGUCCCGCCUCCGCCUCUCCUCCCUUUUCCGUCGCUUCCUUCGCCGUUUCCAGCUCCGAACCCUGAGCAGGACCCAACUCACAGAAGAAGAUUUAAUUUACAAAUACCUGAGCACCCUGGAGCUGCUGGCCCCCAGAUUUGGGGCUGAGAUUUUCCAGGUUGUGCAUCUGGAAUUUGGGGCAGAAUUUGGGAUGGAGGAAACGGCGAGCGGAGAGUUCGCGGUCAAUCAUCAAGUGCUGGUGACGGGGAAUGAGGGGAUCAGCUGGAGGGCACAGUUCGCGGUCAAUCAUCAAGUGCUGGUGACGGGGAAUGAGGGGAUCAGCUGGAGGGCACAGAGCCUUUCCCAGGCAGAAAAUUCCAGAAGAAAUUCCCAAACUCAGCCCUGGAGGAGUUUCUGUCAUUUCCAGGAAAUCUCUCACGUGCUGCUCCAGGGCUGCAGGGUCAGCAUCCACAGGCAGGACAACCAGACAAUGGAUAUUUUACUGCCCAGCCCAGGCUCUGCCCUGUCCCUGGUGUCCCUCCUGGAUGGAUAUUUUCGGCUCACUGUUGAUUCCAGCCAUUUCCUUUGCCAUGAUGUGGCUCCUCCCAGGCUCCUGCUCAGCCUCCAGCACGGGAUCCACGGCCCCAUGCAGGAGGAAUUUGUGUUUUCCAAGCUGAGGAGGGAGCAGCAGGAGGAGGAGGAGGGAGGGCUCUUCAUCCUGCGCUGGAGCGCGCUGGACUUCGACAGAAUCAUCCUGGCUGUGCUCAGGAGGGAGCAGCAGGCUCCUGGCACUCCGGGCUCCUGCAGAUUCCGCCAGUUCAGGAUCCAGAGGGAAGGAGAAUCCUUCGUGCUGGAGGGGUGGGACAGGAAAUUCCCAACCCUGGGGCAGCUCCUGGAGGAGCUCAGGGGCUGCAGCCUGAGGUGUGGGCAGGAAAAAUUCACAGUCAGGAGGUGCUGCCCGCCCAGGGCCGGAGAGAUCUCAGACCUGCUGAUCUCCAGGAAGGUGAAGGAGGAGAGGAAACAAAUCCUGAACCUGAGCCAGCUCAGCUUCCACCAGAUCCGCAGGGAGCAAAUCAGCCAGAGAUCCCACCUUGGCCAAGGCACCAGAACCAACAUCUAUGAUGGAUUGCUGAACUUCAGCUCAGGAAAUUCCUGCAAAAAGGAGGAAAAAGAGGAAAAAGAGGAGCAGGAAUUUUUAUCCACAGAGCAAAACAACAACAGGGAGGGAGGGAGGGAAAUGCACGUGGUGCUCAAAGUGCUGGAACCUGGGCACAGAAAUAUUGCCAUGGCAUUUUUUGAGAGCGCCAGCCUCAUGUCCCAGGUGUCCCACGCGCACCUGACCUUCGUGCACGGGGUUUGUGUCAGAGGCUCUGAGAACAUCCUGGUGGAGGAGUUUGUGGAGCACGGGCCCCUGGAUGUUCUGCUCAGGAAAGAAAAAGGAAAAAUCUCAGUGGGCUGGAAAAUCAGCGUGGCCAAACAGCUGGGGAGUGCCCUCAGCUACCUGGAGGAUAAAAAGCUGGUCCAUGGCAAUGUUUGUGCCAGGAACGUUCUGCUGGCCAGGCUGGGGCUGGAGCCGGGCACCGCGCCCUUCGUCAAACUCAGCGAGCCCGGCCUGAGCCCCGCGGCUCUGUCCUGGGAAGAACGCGUGGACAGGAUUCCCUGGAUCGCCCCGGAGUGCAUCAGGGAUGUCACAAACCUCAGCCCAGCCUCGGAUAAAUGGAGUUUUGGGACAACACUCCUGGAAAUCUGCUUCGAUGCUGACGUUCCCCUGAAGGAACGAACUCCCUCUGAGAAGGAGCGGUUUUAUGAGAAGAGGCAUCGGCUGCCGGAGCCGUCGUGCAGGGAAUUGGCCUCGCUGAUUUCGCGGUGUCUCAAUUAUAGCCCCGGGGAGAGGCCGUCCUUCAGAACCGUGCUGAGGGAGCUCACCCGGCUGCAGCCGCAGGACCUCGUGGAUGUCACCUCAGUGAAUCCUGAAUUCGCCGUGUCCGACCCCACCGUGUUCCAGAAACGUUACCUGAAGAAAAUUCGGGACCUUGGAGAGGGUCACUUUGGCAAGGUGAGCCUUUGCUGCUACGACCCCACCAACGACGGCAGCGGGGAAAUGGUGGCGGUGAAAUCGCUGAAAUCCGGGAGCAGCCCCCAACUGCUGAGCUCCUGGAGAAAAGAAAUCGAGAUUUUAAAAACCCUCUACCACCAAAACAUCGUCAAGUACAAGGGGUGCUGCAGCGAGCAAGGGGACAGGGUCCUGCAGCUGAUCAUGGAGUUCGUUCCCCUCGGGAGCCUCCGCGAUUUCCUGCCCAGGCACCCCCUGGGGCUGCCCCAGCUGCUGCUCUUUGCUCAGCAGAUCUGUGAGGGCAUGGCCUACCUGCACUCCCUGCACUUCAUCCACCGGGACCUGGCAGCGCGGAACGUUCUGCUGCAGAGCGAGCGCCUGGUGAAGAUCGGCGACUUCGGCCUGGCCAAGGCCGUGCCCGAGGGCCACGACUACUACAGGCUCAGGGAGGAUGGGGACAGCCCAGUGUUCUGGUACGCCCCUGAGUGCCUCAAGGAAUGCAAAUUUUUUUACGCCUCCGAUGUUUGGAGUUUUGGGGUCACCCUCUACGAGCUCCUGACCCGCUGUGACCCCUCCUGCAGCCCCCCAGUUAAAUUUCUGGAAAUGAUCGGAGCCACUCAGGGCCAGAUGACGGUGCUGAGGUUGAUUGAGCUGCUGGAGAGGGGGAAAAGGCUCCCAGUGCCCAGGGAGUGCCCCUGGGAGGUGUCCAGGCUGCUGCAGCAGUGCUGGCAGGCCGAGGCCUCGUUCCGCCCCAACUUCCCCAACCUCGUCCCCGUGCUCAGGAGCUUCCGUGAGAAAUUCCGGGGGCAGGGCCUGUGCUGAGGGAAAUUCCAGAACAUUCCAGAGAAUUCCAGAGAAUUCCAUGGGAUAAUGGGGAAAAUCCCAGAGAAAUUCCGGGGGCAGGGCCUGUACUGAGGGAAAUUCCAGAACAUUCCAGAGAGUUCCAAAGAAUUCCAGGGGGAAAAAAUCCCGAAAACACCCAGAGAAACUCCGGGGGCAGGGCCUGUGCUGAGAGAAAAUUCCAGAGAAUUCCAGAGAAUUCCAGGGGAUAAUGGCGGAAAAAAUCCCAAAAAACUCCAGAAAAUUCCAUGGGAUAAUGGGGAAAAAAUGCCCCAAAAAUCCCAGAGAAACUCCAGGGGCAGGGCCUGUGCUGAGGGAAAAUCCAGAACAUUCCAGAGAAUUCCAGAACAUUCCAGGGGGGAAAAUCCCCAAAAAAACCCCAGAAAAACUCUGGGGGCAGGGCCUGUGCUGAGGGAAAUUCCAGAACAUUCCAGAGAAUUCCAGAACAUUCCAUGGCAUAAUGGGGAAAAUCCCAGAGAAACUCCAGGG